CCUCUAGCCAGCAUGUAAAAAGGGUAUUUCCCUAUGGUUUUGAGCGAGGCAAUGAACCCAGUCUACGUCUUUGUUGCGACCAUCUUUGCCUCUUCCCUAUCUUAUGUCGAUGGCCGAAGAUCGAAAAAUCCUCAUAAAGAGAACGAACUGAAAAGAAGACCGUGGCUCCACGAUUAUACAGAGGAUUUCCUUGGAUUUAACAAGGAAGAAUAUUUGCUAAUAGAAUCAGCUGGCGUAAUCGCAGUAAAGGAAGGAGGACCAGAACGGUUUGGUCGAGUCCUCGGUAUGAAUCCUGAGUUGACGAAAAAAUUUAAUGCAAUCACCUUCAUUGAGUUCCGUCUAAGCGAGGAAGCGUUUAGAUUCAUCCAGAAGCUAACAUAUACUAUAGAAAAAGAGCGACGUACGGGAAGAUCGCAAGUGAAUAAGUUUUCAAGGGUUGUGUCAACUAUGAUUUCGGAACCAGGACUUUGUCGUGAGCUUUCUCAAUAUCUCAAAGGAACAAACUGUAAAAGAGGGAUAAAAUCAAUUCUCGAAACGGAUCGGGAAGAUUCUGUGGCCAAUUGCUGAAGCUGUUCUACCCAAUCCAUCUACGACCUUCACAAAACCGAUACAUAUGUAGUUUCCCGUAUUACUGGAACCUUCGGUACAUAAAAGGCGAUUUAAA